UAACUAUGGCAACUUCAGUUUGCGUCGAGGCUGCCUGCAACACAGAGAGCUGACUGACUGCUUGUUUUAGAGUAGCUAGGAGGACUGUUCCUUUUAGCGUGAUUUAGUUAACAAAAAUACCACGAAGUUUCCUUGUGUCGUUUUCACAACUUUUUAAAUUGAGUUGUUUGACUUUUCACAUUUCAUAAAUUAGCCGAUACACAGCGUUUCCUGUCGGCUCUGCCAACUGCUGGGGGAAACUGUCUGUCACGGAUGUCUGACAAUAAGGAAAGUAAUUAUUUAAAAACUCAAGGGGAAGGACCUAUAAAGGUAUCCUACAUGUUCCCAAAUGGUGACAGAUAUGAGGGGGAGUGCAGCAGGGCUGCAUCAGGGGUGAUGAUGAGGAGCGGUACUGGUAAACACACCUCAGCAGGCGGCACCACAUAUACUGGAGAGUGGCUUGAAGACAAAAUGUAUGGCAGAGGGACCCUGCAGCAUCCCUCUGGAGCACUCUAUGAAGGAGAAUUCAAAGACAACAUGUACCAUGGCACGGGAACAUAUACCUUCCCAGACGGCUCUACUUACAAAGGUCACUUUCACAAGAACAGGUUGGAGGGAGACGGGACGUUCACUAACACACAGGGACUGGUAUGGAUGGGGGAGUUCCACGGCAAAGCAGCGCUGGGCCUGAAAAUGCAGCACAACAUUUAGGCAAAACAAGCAUUAUUGUACUGCACUUCAUAAAAUACACUGUAUGUUCUAUGAUAAAAUUAAACUAUAUUUACUAAAAAUGUA